AUGGCUCCAGCUCCGCCAGCGCCGCGACCAGGGAUGGAAUCUGCCGCUCCAGCAAUACCAGAGAUGAAAUGCGAGGAGCGCUUUGAGGUAAGAAUCCUUCUUGCGGAGCUCCUUCAGUUCACGCCUGUACAGGACCUUGCCGCUCUCGCGCUACCAGCGCCACUUCCAGGGAUGGACCCUGCCACUCCAGCGCUACCAGAGAUGGAAUGCGAGGAGCGCUUUAAGGACCCUGCCGCUCUAGCCCUGCCAGCGCCACUGGACCCUGCCGCUCCAGUGCCACCAGUGAUGGAAUGCGAUGACGAGGAGGAGCGCCUUAAUGAUCUUGUCGCUCUAGUGCUGCCAGCGCCUCCUCCUGCCGCUCCAGUGCCACCUCCAGAGAUCGAGCCUGCCGCUCCUGUGCCACCAGAGUUGGAAUGCGACGAGCAAAAGAGGAAACGACCAAGGUUUCUAAAGGGCGAAGCUGUUCCACUUGAUGAAGCUCCACAUACCCCAGAGACUGCUCCACACGCUCCAGAGACUGAUGCAGAUCCGGCAGCACUACAGCCUCCUCUCCCGGCUGAUCUAGCUCCUGUCCUCCCAGCUGCUGCUCUCCUCCCAGCUGAGCCAGUGCUAUCGCCUCCUCCGGCUGCUGCUCACGCUCAUGGAGCUUCUUCAUCCACACCCAUGGAUGUUUUUAAACUACGUGCACGGAGGCGCCUUCAACUUCGCGGUUUGAUUCCUCCCACAGCCCCAGCAGUUGCCCGGGAAAUGCCAGAGGUUGGUUUCUGUGUCGAGGACGACGAUUGGGAGUGGAAGGUGGACAUCAAAGAGCUUUUUGGCUCUUGUUUUCAGUAAUUUAGUCCUGGAAAACAUUUUACAGCGACUGUACAAAAUUUGAGCGCAUUUUGACAAGUAUAAAAUUGUAUAAAUCAACGACAUUCUUGAUUUCGCC